AUGUCGUCGAAACUCCCAUCAGUAACGUAUCGUUGCUGCCACCUUGCAGCUCGGACGCAAAAACGCAGCCUAUCCUCCCAAUGCCUCCGGCUUUCCUCCACAAGCUCCGCAAACCAGCACAGACGAAGGAACGGCUUAGCAUCCUCAAAGUGUUCACGGAGGUGGCAGUCGACGGAUGCAGCAGCUGCGUCGCCUACGAAUCCUAAGAUAGCUGGGAUCGUGGAUCAAAUAUCACAAUUAACCUUGCUGGAGACGGCAGACUUGGUUGCGAGCUUAAAGUCCCGGCUUAACAUCCCCGACAUGGCUUUCGCUGCUCCAGUCGCUGGCCCUGCUGGUGGUGCUGCGGCUGCCACUCCAGCAGCCGAAGCAGAAGCAGCAGAAGAAGCCGCGCCUGCACCCGCGGAAAAGACCAUGUUCACACUGAAACUCGAUUCCUUCGACGCGGCCGCCAAACCCAAGGUCAUCAAGGAAGUGAAGGGACUACUGGGUCUGAGUUUGGUGGAUUCCAAAAAGUUUGUGGAGAGCGCGCCAAAGGUCAUGAAGGAGGGCGUGCCCAAGGAGGACGCGGAGAAGAUUGUCGCGGCCAUGAAGGCAUUGGGAGCUGUGGUUUCCAUGUCAUAA